AUGAUGUUCUUUCUAUUCUUAGUAGCCCUUCCUAUUAUUUUCAUUUUUCUUCUUCACAAAACCAAAAUAAGUAGAAAUACUUUUCUGCCACCAGGUCCUUUAGGUUUGCCAAUCAUUGGAAAUUUGCAUCAAUAUGAUAGUUUAGCCCCUCAAAUCUAUUUUUGGAAACUUUCCAAAAAAUAUGGAAAAAUCUUCUCACUGAAACUUGGUUCUACUCCAAUAGUCGUAGUUUCUUCAGCAAAAUUAGCAAAAGAAGUAAUGAAGACUCAAGAUUUAACAUUUUGUAGUAGACCCUCUACUCUUUGCCAGCAAAAAUUGUCUUACAAUUGUAGUGACAUAGUGUUUUCACCUUAUAAUGACUAUUGGAGAGAAAUUAGAAAAAUUUGUUUGCUUCAUUUAUUUAGUCUCAAGAAAGUGCAAUCUUUUAGUUCGAUUCGUGAAUAUGAAGUUUCAAGAAUGAUCAAGAAAAUAUCUCAACAAGCUACCACUUCACAAAUUACCAAUUUGAGCAAUAUAGUGGUUUCACUAACAAGUACAACUAUUUGUAGAGUUGCUUUUGGUAUUAGGUUUGAUGAAGAAGCACAUGAAAAGAGGAGAUUUGAUGAGCUUUUACAUGAGACUCAAGAAAUGCUGGCCAGCUUCUUUGUCUCUGACUUUUUUCCUUCGUUAAGUUGGAUUGAUAAACUUACUGGAAUGAAAAAUAGACUUGAGAAGAAUUUCAAGUAUUUGGACGAGUUUUAUGAAGAACUUAUUGAGAAGCAUGUUGAUCCCAAUAGGCCAAAAUCUAUGGAAGGGGACAUUCUUGAUAUUUUGCUACAAUUGAGCAAAGAACAAUCAACUCCAAUCAAUCUCACUUUGGACAGUAUUAAGGCAAUUCUCAUGAAUAUAUUUAUUGCUGGGACGGACACUAGUGCAAUUACAGUAGUUUGGGCCAUGACAGCGUUGAUGAAGAACCUGAAAGCCAUGAAGAAAGUUCAAGCGGAAAUUAGAAAAUGGGUAAGGAAAAAAGGCAUUGUAAAUGAAGAUGAUAUCCAGAAUAUGCCUUAUCUCAAAGCAGUGAUAAAGGAGACAUUUAGGUUGUAUCCACCCGUUCCAGUUCUAGUAGCAAGAGAGAGUAUCGAAAAUUCGAUACUAGAAGGCUAUAAAAUUCCACCAAAAACAGUCGUUCGUGUUAACUAUUGGGCUAUUGCAAGAGAUCCUGAGUACUGGAAAGAUCCAGAAGAAUUUAUACCUGAGAGAUUUUUAAAUAAUAGUAUCGAUUACAAGGGUCAAGAUUUUGAGUUGAUUCCAUUUGGAGCAGGACGGAGAGGUUGCCCAGGUAUUACGCUUGGCGUUGCAAUGGUGGAACUUAUACUAUCAAACCUUCUAUAUGCAUUUGAUUGGGAGUUACCUUUUGGAAUGAAGAUAGAAGAUAUCGACACAGACAUUUUGCCUGGAAUUACUAUGCAUAAGAAGAAUGAUCUUUGCCUUGUCCCUAAUAAUUAUAUGUAGACUACAUUUAGUUUUAGCUCGUGCAUGUGGAACAAAAUUCAGAAUAAGAAUACGAAUAUUAA